UAUUCCCAUUUACUCCACUUCAUGAUCCACUCCGUAUUUUCUGUCACACCCACCAUCUGCCCCAGCUGACUGGCAGUACUUGUUUACUGGUGGAGAGAGACAGAAAGAGACGGAAAAGGGGGGAACCUGAGAGAGAGGUACCGCAGGCGGGGGGAGAGAAGUUUUUCGCUUUUAGCGGAUUCUCAUGCUGUUGAGCUUGUUUACCUUGCUGUCCUGUUUCCUGCAAACGAAAAAAUAAUAGAAUUUACCACCGAUCUACAAACCUCGUCGGGUUAAGAUUAGCCUGCAAGCUUUCUAAUCCGAAAGAAAUAGCCAGAGGAUACGGCGUGGAGUUUUCACACUUCGAAGCCUUGUGGUGGAAGCAGCGGCUUUUAUUUGUUUUGUUUAAAGUGUCUCGCGUUUCCUUUCUUGGCUGUUUUUUUCUUCCACAAAUCACUUUGGAACAGUAGCGAAAGAGUUCAAAGGAAGGUUGAUUCGCCGAAAAGGAAAAGCAAUCAGCACGUUUUUUUCAACGCGAUUCUUGAGGAGUUCCUGGGAUGUGUUUAUUUUUCUACUGGACGUUUUAACAAAACGAUCUUCCUGUAAUACAGGAAAGAAGUGGAAUACUUGGCAGUGUAUAAAACGCAGCGACCUGUGGAAUAAAACGUGCAAGCCUGUUGGAUAGCUAAACGCUAUCUUCGUCUAAGGUCGACAGAAGUUCGAAGAAGAACCUUGAUUUAUAACCAGAGGAACCAACAUUUCAAAAUUCGCAGUUGUCUGCAUGAAAUUAACGAAGUGUCCUCUGUAUAUUUAGCCUGAUUGUUGAGCGAAAAACGAUUAUUACAAUAAGAAUCUUCAAAUCGGUUACUAACUAAUCAGGGUAUCAGCAGUUAGCUACUAGCUACCCCUUCGGGUACCUCCUCACUAGCCAGCGGUGUGGGAUUUCUUUUUCUCGACUCAAGAAGGAUUUUGUCAAACAAACUUUAACAGAUGAAAGUGGAGGACAAUCCUAUCUAAGAGCAUUGAAGAUGAAACUUUUUAGUCGCUUAAAUGUUGCUAGAACCCAAGAUCACAUUAUUUAGUAGUGAAUUUUGCAGGGCGGAACAAUAAUAAAUAGUUGAUCAGACAUUGUAAAUUUUGAAACACAACCACGUUGGACCCCCGGCCCCUUUUUUGGGGGGCCGACUGGUGUUGUAUCUUUUUUUUCUGAUUGGAUAUUAUUUGAAUGAAUUAGAUUCAUAGGCCACUUCAAAUACAUUGGAAUCGAAUUUUUGGUUGCUAUUUAUAAGCUUCCUCCACGUUUUGGAUAUCGCUAGUAACAUUACCGGAGUCAGAAUGCGGCUGCAGACCUCGGCGGUUGUUUUGGUCACUUUUAUCUACGCUGUCUGCAAUUGCGGGCAAACAAAUGGAGAAAUUUGCCCAAGCAAGGACAUUCGGAACAACGUGACCAACCUGCAGUCGCUGGAGAACUGCACCGUGAUCGAGGGCCACCUGAAGAUCCUGCUGAUGUUCAAGACCAGGCCGGAGGACUUCCGCGACGUCAGCUUCCCGCGCCUGACCGUCGUCACCGACUACCUGCUGCUGUUCCGCGUGUACGGCCUGGAGAGCCUGCGCGACCUCUUCCCCAACCUCACCGUCGUCCGGGGCAACAACCUCUUCUUCAACUACGCCCUGGUGGUCUUCGAGAUGCUGCAGCUGAAGGACAUCGGGCUCCACAGCCUGAUGAACAUCACGCGCGGCGCCGUGCGCAUCGAGAAGAACCCGGACCUCUGCUACCUGUCCACCCUCGACUGGUCCAAGGUCCUGGACUCGGUGGAGGACAACUACAUCGUCUCCAACAAGAACGACCGGGAGUGCGGCGACGUCUGCCCCGGCACGGCCAAGGGCAAGACCACCUGCAACCAGACCACCAUCAACGGCCACUUCAGCGCGCGCUGCUGGACGCAGGACCACUGCCAGAGAAUGUGCCAGUCCUCAUGCAAACACCGCGCCUGCACCAAGGACAACCGCUGCUGCCACGACCAGUGCCUGGGGGGGUGCACGGACCCGUCCUCCCCCAGCAAGUGCGUGGCCUGCCGCAACCUGAUGUACCAGGGCACGUGCGUGGACAGGUGCCCGCCGGGUCACUACACCUUCAAGGGCUGGCGCUGCGUCAGCUUCGGCUUCUGCCAGCAGCUGCACAACCAGUGCAAGCAGAGCAAGAGCAGCGACUGCCAGGAGUACGUGAUCCACAACGGCGCCUGCAUCCCAGAGUGCCCUUCCGGAUACACCACCAUGAACUCUACCACGCUGAACUGCACCCCCUGCGCGGGACUCUGCCCCAAGGUGUGCAUGGGGCUGAAGACGGUGGACUCUGUGACGGCCGCCCAGGCCCUGCGCGGCUGCACCGUGCUCAACGGCAGCAUGGUCAUCAACGUCCGCGGGGGGAAUAACAUUGCGACUGAGCUGGAGGCUAACCUUGGCCAGCUGGAGGAGAUCACCGGCUACCUUAUGGUCCGUCGCUCUUACGCCCUGGUGUCUCUGUCCUUCCUCCGAAAGCUGAAGCUCAUCCGUGGAGAGACGCAGGAGGUUGGGAACUACUCGUUCUACGCUCUGGAUAACCAGAACCUGCGGCAGCUGUGGGAUUGGAGCCACCACAAGCUGUCCAUCCUGCAGGGCCGCAUGUUCUUCCACUACAACUCCAAGCUGUGCAUGUCUGAGAUCCGCAAGAUGGAGGAGGUGACCGGGACCAAGGAUCUGCACACCAAGAACGACAUUGCCGUCAAGACCAACGGAGACCAGGCCUCCUGUGAAAACGAACUUCUGAAAUUCACGCAGAUUCGCACGUCGUCCGACAAGAUCCUCAUCAAAUGGGAACCCUUCUGGCCCUCUGAUUUCAGAGAUUUGCUGGGAUUUAUGGUCCUUUACAAAGAGGCACCCUACAAGAACGUGACGGAGUUUGACGGGCAGGACGCGUGCGGCUCCAACAGUUGGGUGAUAGCGGACGUGGACCCGCCGCCUCGCGCCACCGAAGGCAAAGAGCAGCAGGAGCCCGGGUACCUCAUCCACCCGCUCAAACCGUGGACGCAGUACGCCAUCUUCGUCAAGACGCUGCUGUCGGCUUCCGAUGAGCGCCAGGUCCACGGCGCCAAGAGCGAGAUAAUCUACGUCCGCACCAACGCCACCAAGCCGUCCGUGCCGCUGGACCCCAUCUCUUCCUCCAACUCCUCCUCUCAGAUCAUCCUGAAGUGGAAGCCCCCUACGGACCCUAACGGGAACAUCACCCACUACCUGGUGUUCUGCCAGAAACAGCCGGAGGACAAUGACCUCUACAAGUUCGACUUCUGUCAAAAAGGGAUGAAGGUGCCGUCGCGAGUGCCCACGCACCUGGACAACGAGGAGGAGCAGAAGUGGAACCAGACGGACGAGCCGGGCCACGGCAGCCGCUGCUGCGCCUGCCCCAAGACCGAGACGCAGCUGAAGAAGGAGGCCGAGGAGUCCGAGUACCGCAAGACCUUCGAGAACUACCUCCACAACGAGGUCUUUGAGAUCAGGCCCUCGCGACGGCGACGGUCGGCGGUGGGCGUGGCCAACGGGACGCUGGCCCACUUCCUGACCACGGCGCCCAGCCUGCCCAACGCCUCCACCACCCGCAGCCCCAAGGAGGAGGAGGACGGGAGCAAGGUGCUCCUCACCGUCUACUCCAAGGAGUCCACCGUCAUCUCCAACCUCCGCCACUUCACCAGCUACCAGAUCGAGAUUCACGCCUGCAACCACCCCACGGACAACUCGCGCUGCAGCAUGGCGGCCUACGUCAGCGCGCGCACCAUGCCCGAGGACAAAGCCGAUGACAUCGCGGGCCCGAUCACCUACGAAAUCGCAGACAACCCGGAUGUGGUGCAAAUCAAGUGGAUGGAACCUAAAGCCCCCAACGGCAUGAUCAUCCUGUAUGAGGUCAAUUACAAGAGACUGGGAGACCAGUCAGAGGAGCAGCAUCACUGCGUGUCGAGGAAGACCUUCGAGACCCACGGGGGCUGCAAGCUGCGCGUAGUGCACUCUGGGAAUUACACGGUGAAGAUCCGCGCCAUGUCGCUGGCGGGCAACGGCUCCUGGACGGAACCCACGUAUUUCUACGUGCCCGACAGGGCGGACCCGGACAUACUGAAAAUCGUGAUUGGCCCGGUCAUUUGCAUCAUCCUGCUCCUGAUUGUGGGAGGCGGUGUCUUCAUGGUGUUCAAGAAGAAGCAGACCGACGGGCCCACUGGACCGCUCUACGCCUCCUCCAACCCGGAGUACCUCAGCGCCAACGACGUGUACGUUCCGGACGACUGGGAGGUGGCCCGCGAGAAGAUCACGGUGCUGCGGGAGCUGGGCCAGGGCUCGUUCGGCAUGGUGUACGAGGGCGUGGCCAAGGACAUCGUGAAAGGCGAGCCGGAGACGCGUGUGGCGGUGAAGACGGUGAACGAGUCGGCCAGCCUGCGGGAGCGCAUCGAGUUCCUCAACGAGGCCUCGGUGAUGAAGGCCUUCAGCUGUCACCACGUGGUGCGGCUCCUGGGCGUGGUGUCGAAGGGCCAGCCCACGCUGGUGGUGAUGGAGCUCAUGACUCACGGCGACCUGAAGAGCUACCUGCGCUGCCUGCGGCCGGACUCCGAGAACAACCCGGGCCGCCCUCCGCCCACCCUGAAGGAGAUGAUCCAGAUGGCCGCGGAGAUCGCCGACGGCAUGGCCUACCUCAACGCCAAGAAGUUUGUCCACAGGGACCUGGCUGCCAGGAACUGCAUGGUCGCUGAGGAUUACACCGUGAAGAUCGGAGACUUCGGCAUGACCAGGGACAUCUACGAGACCGAUUACUACCGCAAAGGCGGCAAGGGGCUGCUGCCUGUCAGGUGGAUGGCCCCGGAGUCUCUGAAAGACGGAGUCUUUACUGCUCACUCAGACUGCUGGUCGUUUGGAGUGGUCUUAUGGGAGAUCAGCACACUCGCAGAGCAGCCCUACCAGGGCCUGUCCAACGAGCAGGUCCUCAAGUUCGUCAUGGACGGGGGCUACCUGGACCGGCCCGAGAACUGUGCCGAGAGGAUGCACAGCCUGAUGCAGAUGUGCUGGCAGUACAACCCCAAGAUGAGGCCCACCUUCCACGAGAUCAUCGAGAUGAUGAAGGAGGACCUGCACCCCAGCUACCAGGACGUGUCCUUCUUCUACAGCGAGGAGAACAAGCCGCCCGAGAGCGAGGAGUUCGACAUGGACCUGGAGAACAUGGAGAGCAUUCCCCUGGACCCCACGUCCUCGUCGCAGCGCGAGGGCAGCCUGUUGAGGGACAAUGGGCCGUCCAUGGGCCUGCGGAGCAACUACGAAGAGCACGUGCCCUACACGCACAUGAACGGCGGCAAGAAAAACGGCCGAAUCCUGUCCUUACCCCGAUCCAGCCCUUCCUAACAUUUCCUCCCCCUCCUCCUCCUCCUCCUACUCCUCCUUUCCUUUCUCCUGUUUUGUAAUUAUAAUUUUAUUUUAUUAUUGUUCUCGCAGAGGCCCUUCAACAACAGAUCUCAGGACUUUUUUUUUUUCCCUUUUUCUUCUUCUUCUCCUUCACAGCUGCCACAGCUCGAUGACACGGGACGCAAGACUUUUUGUAUUCGUUUAAAAAAGAAAGAAAGAAAGAAAAUGCGUCUCGUAGCGUCAUCCAGAUAGUCCACUUCUCCUCUGUCUUUAUUUUAUUUUUUUAACAAUUGCCAAGUUUCCAAGACUGGUCAAUGGAGAAAAAAAAAACAAAUUAAAAAAAAAAAAAAAAGACUGUGAACACAAAUCCUCGACAACCAGAAGGCUGCUUACCUUCCACCUCUUCCGACUGUUUCAUCUCUCCCCUGUGACGUGUCUGUCUGUGUUUUUAAAUUACUUUUUUCAGAGAAAGUGGCCUUUUUUAUCUGUGGCCUGUAAACAAGAGAAGUGUACAUGCUUGUCUUCAUUUCCUCUGAACAAUGAAAUAACCGUUUGGAACAGUUGGGCUGGCAUGAACUCUCUCUUAGUACAAACGUCUAUAUCCAUAGAGGAAAUUUCUUUUUUUUUUUUCUUUUUUUUUUUUUGUUCUGCAGAAUUCCAAACUUCAUACAUAUUCAGUAGAUGUUUGGUCAUUAGUUUUAAUUUAUUUGCGUUAUUUUCCUUUUUUCCUUUCUUUCAGUUAUAUGUCUAUUCUCACAUCACAGCUGAAGGAUAUUUAAACAGUUUGGACAAAAGAGUUCCUCAGAUUGACCAAUAGCUGCUGCUUUGAUAUAUAUUUUAGUGGGUAUAGAAUAUUACAUAUAUAUACAUAUAUGUGUGUAUGUAUAUGUAUAUCAAAUAUGGUUUUUUGUACAUAGCUGAUAUUUGUAAUGUUUUCUUCAGAAGCUUUGCUGGUUAUAGAGAUGUUUUUACAUUUCUGUCAUUUAUCUUUUUUAUUUUUUCUAACCCAAAAAUCACACUAAUUCACCUUAAAACCUCUCUCUUUUAUGUGCCCUCUGUACUGUCCAAAAGUCAGAUGUUUUCUGGACACGUUUAGCCUGAAAUGUCAGCCCAAAAUUUUAAGACCAAAUAAAAUCCCGGUAUAUAACACGAGCGCGGUGAGCUAUAUUCACCAAGAGCGGGCGGAGACGAGCGGUCAGAGAACGGCGUCGCUUAUCCCGGCACGUUGCAGAGGAGCGGUGGUCUCGCUUUAUCAAAGCACACCGGCCGGUUUGUUUCUGUCGACAUGGCGAUUUUGUUUGGUCUUGGAGAGUUUGGACGAUGCAUUUAACUUCCACGUGUUGUCUUGUUUGUCGGUCGUUGUAAUGGAGGCUGUCGUUCGUGAUUGCGGUGAACUCUUGUCAGGCUGAGCGGUUGUGUCAUAGUGUCUGCGCUUGCGCUGGUGGUGGUGUUUGUGGGAUUGGGGGGGAGGGGGGGGUGUGUGCGAUACAGACCUGAGAACCGGCUCAGUGCUCGCGUGCUGCCCUCACGCCGUCUUGUCUGUGGAAGUACUUCCUCCUUCCUGGUUUUCUGUUGUCUGCUUCCUGUCACUCACCGUAAAUUGAGUCAGUCCCGCUGAAUUCGGCAAGGCUUCAGAGGCACUUCCUAAAGAAUAAUUCUGCCACAAGCGCAACGCUACUUUUUUCAAGGAGAUUUGAUUGUAUCGUCCCACAUUCAUGGAGGUGUGCGUGAACGGGAGUCUUCUUGUGUUGCUUGCUGGCAUACGGAAGGGGAGUUUAGAUUGGGGUCAUCCCCACAUUGUACAGUCGCUUUUGCAUGGUCCUGUGGACCCCCCCAUUUUAGUGCCCGGUCACCACAGCUGGUGGCGUAGCGAGGGGUUUGUGGGGUGAGGCUGUAGUGCAGUUGGGUCCAGGCUCUCUGUGAGAGAGGCGCUGGAGGGCUGAGAGUCCAGUACUGCCCGUGUCAUCCAUCUCUGCCACUCUCCUGUUCUCCAGGCUAACUUUGCCCCAGAGAGGAAACGAUCAGUUUGCUUUCCUGUUGUCAGAGACCAUUUCCCACCGCACCCGACCCCCCACCCACCUCAACCGCACACCCCAACACAAACUUCCAGUGAAGAAAGAUUCCGUCUCCUGCUUCUUUCAGACACCUAUUCCAGACAACCUAUUUUUUGCGUUCAAAGCCUCAAGACAUCAGUUUAUUUGCAGCCGUGUUUCACUGCUGACGUAACUAAAUGCUGCAGAGCAGUUACACCCGGUACCUUUGGCAGCGAGGCGUCGCUUUCUGUCUCGAUACGCAUCGCUGUCCUCUGUCCUGUUCAGAUUCAGAUUCCUUGUGUCUGUGGGUCUCAGUCCAAGGCUUUGGUGCUCUCAGAUGAGCGAAGGUAUUCCUUUACGCAGGCUUCACGGGUGAGCAGACUCUCCACUCCCUUCCCUCAGACGGUUAAAGAAAAGUGUUUCUGCUUUUAAGUAGAAAUUGGUGGGAAUCAACAGAUGUAAAUUCAGACUUAAAGAAAACGAGGCCAGGCCAGGCGUUCCGUACACAUGCAAAAACAUUCCUGUGAGCUUUUACCAAGAUAUAGCCUAUUCAGUGCAUCUUCAUUAUGCAUGAUUCGCAAAAACCGUACCUGUAAAAACCUCAUUUACAGUAUAUUAUAAACUCAAACUGUGGUGAUUUAAGAAGUUGCUUUAAUAUGUAGAAAUCAAGCCUAUGCAAUAUUUCCAUUGAUGAACACAGGCAGUCCCUGGGGAAAAUUGCAUGCGUUGUAAUCGCGUAGGUUUGAUUGGUUUCUCGUCCCGAAGGCAGGAUCGAGCCAUUCUCUAUCCCCAGCUUGAAUAAGGGACAGUCUCGGAGGGAAACGCACGGGAGAAAAGGGGAAGUGAUGUAAUUUUUUUCUUCAUAUCUAAAGCAGUGAGCCGCGUUAGUGUCGUUGUAGGUGCGUUGUGCGAAUCGUGUUCAUUAGUUUCCCAUCGUUUGCACGUUCUGUAAAUGGCUGACGCAUUGACAUCGCCGACAGAUGUACCCGCUGCGCGCCUCUCCCUGAGCUUGUGUGCACUCGCGUGCUUUCGUGUGCACACAUACGCACUAGCGACCUGUGGUAUACGCUGUGGGAACCUUGCUCUUCCGUUCACCAGCUCUUAUAACCGCGAAACCUGACAUAACCUUGUCAUGCCACACUUCCUCUGGUUACCUCUCGAGUUGAUCGGCAAGCUGCAUUUAAAGAGCAAGGGUCGGAUUCGAGGCGUGUUUUUCUUGCUUGCUCGUGUGUAAAUGUGUGUAAAUGCGACUUUCAGCCGUAAGCUAGUGAAAACAAACUUGUAUCGCAAAUUUAAAAAUGAAUAUGGCGCAUUUAGUGGCAGCGGUAGACCUUACUUUUGGUUGACACACAUACUGAGUCAAUCUCACAUUCAAACGCAGCCUAUGUAUUUCAUUCCCAUGGGUAACUUCAGCCUGAGAGACGGUCUAGUGGGGCAAAUAUUGAUGACAGGAAAUCUUUUUCUCAGCACAAGGAGGUUGUUUUGGUUCUGUUUACUGUAUCAGUCGGAUGUGCGUGACAAGGCCUGCCAAGUUCAUAUCACCCUAGCUGUGCUUUCAUAAUGAGACUGAUUGAGACUGACUCCACUUCAUAGGAAAUGCAGUUCUACUGGCCUACAGCUACACUCGUCUCUUGUAUUCUUUCUCUUUUUGCUAUGUAUAUACUGUAAAGAAUUUAUCUUAUGUGGUGCCUAGGUCUCUUUUUUAAGAUCAGAAAAAUGUACUCUAAAGGAAUACCCUCACAGUUCUACAUACACUACAGUAGCAGAAAAAUGUCAAAUAUAUAUAUUUGAAAAUACAAAAGAAAUCACAAUUUUGUAAUUCAAAGGAUUAUCUUAUAUUUGGAAAGACAGAUAUUAAUAUUUUAUUUAUUUUAAUAUGAUAUUAAUUGUAAAAAAAAAAAACCCAAUUAGCAUUUUUAAAAAUGUUUUUUAAUAAAAUCAGUAGGUUAGGUUAAAAAAAAAACGAAAAGGAGUUGAGCUACAGGUGAAAAGGAGGGAGGUGGUGCGAUUUGUUUUUUCGUUUGUUGUUUUUGUUGUUUCUCGUGCGUUUGUUCGUUUCGGGCACAGUCUACCUCAUUGUGUUGUGAAAUUUCAGUAAGAGCCCGGCUCGUCCCUGGAUGCCGCACGCAGUAUUCCAGUCCUGGUCUUCAGUCAGCACACAGGGGUCAGGGAGUGCAGCGCUUGUCCUGUCAAUCUAGACACUGAUAUCAUCGCCUUCCAGCCAAGUCCAAAUUCCUCUCGCCAAGACCUCAAGAAUGUUCAUCUGUCUGGAGACGGAACACAACUUUUUGCUGUCUCUGAAAGGGAAAAAGAGUACGCUGAUUUGACAUUGAUUAUUUCCCCCCACAAACAGGCUAAGAAUUGGAGAAAAAAAAAUCUUUUGUUAUACCAUGUUUGAGCUGUACAAAGUGUAAAUUGUCUUUUCAAUCGAAGCAAUCUGAUUUUCUCAAUUUGUUGCAUUCAGUCAAUAAUCUUGUUCAAAUUCUAUAUUUAUAUUGGCAACAAUAAGAUUUUAUGCCAUAAUUAUUUGUAAGACCAUGUUUAUUUAUGGUAAUUGGCAAUCGAUAUUACAUUUGUUAAUUCAAAAAUUUACAGUACAAUCCUGAAGGUACUGUAAAUCUGUGCCAUAAUUUAGUGUGAGAACACUUUAUGAAAACAAGGUGGACUGACCGUUAAGAUGAAAAAAAUAUACUAAACUGAAGUGGAUUUGUGGCCAUUUUGAGGUACUGGUCUGCGUGUCUAGUUGACGUCACUUGAUGUUGUUUUAUAUUGUACGCUAUGCUCUUGUUCUGUUUAUUCACCUGUUCUCCGCAAACAUACUGGGCUUCACGCAGGCCUCCUGCGAUAUGAGAUUUAUAUUUUAUGAAGAGCGCGUCAAGCUCCUUUUGGAUUAGCCGUUUGUUAGCUACACCGAUCCUGUUGAAAGCCUGGUUGCGGCUUCUAAGCUUGGCUUCUCCCAGCAGCCUCUGCCUCAGUCCAAGGUUGAAAUGUGUUAUAGCCAGAACAGAAGAUGUCUGUCAUUUGUUUAGACGUGCUGUAGAUAGUUUACUGGAA